UGUUAUUUUAUUUUUCUGACGAUAGUUGUGAUUUAUUACAGAUUUUACAAAUGAAGGAGUGUGUUGUGUAUUUAGCUUGCAUUAAAACAAUGUUGUGCCUUAUUGAUUAGUACUUUUGUUUGCUAAUUGCACUUAGUGUUGUAAAAUAAGUUUCCUGCCUUCGGGAACCGAGGAUGAUCUCAUUGACGCACUGACGUUUCGUUCCUUUCCGAGAUCUUGCUUGAUCGUUUUAUUAUUUUUACGAUUCACUAAGUCCAAUGACCUUGUUAGUAGCUUAUAAAUAAUAUUUCCGAAUCAAGUUAUUCAAUAUGAAGAAGCAGUUCUUUAGGGUUAAGCAACUCGCCGACCAAACAUUUUCAAGGGGCGGCAAAGGAGAAGCGCUCACGGAUGAGCUUCAGACGGCGGAUCGGAAAGUAGAACAGUUAAGAAAUGCCUUACAAUUAGUUAGUAAGAGGCUGGCCACUGGAGCUGGAGGUACCCAGGGGCAGGACCCUGCAGCCCGAGAGAAAAGGCUGAAAAAACUUCCAGAAUAUAUGCUUGGUUUAUCUAUGGUGGAAGCCAGCAACUAUGAUGAUGAUGAAAGUGUGCUUAAACAUAUCCUAUUUGAAUGUGGUAAAACAGAAAAAUACCUAGCAAAUGAAAUAGCCGAGCAUGAAGUUAAAGUGGAGCAACUGGUAAUUGCCCCACUGUCAACCAUCAGUGACCAUGAUCUCCCGGCCAUACUGAAAACUAAGAAGCACCUUAGUAAACUCAUCAGUGAAAAGGAAUCUGCGGCUCACAAAUAUCAUCGAGCAAGAGAAGAGAACCCAGCUAAACUAAGUGCAGCAAGGGAGGAGUUAGAAGAAAUCGGGAUUAAAGUGGAGUCAGCUAGAGAUAGUCUAGCAGCGGAGAUGUUUAGUCUAGUUGCAAAAGAAGCAGAGAUGGCCCACAUAUUGCUGCAGUAUGUUAAACUACAGCGGGCUUACCAUGAAUCUGCAUUACAUUCAUUACAAGACACCGUCCCGGAGCUAGAAAGAUUCAUAAAUGACAGUGCAGUGAAACGUGUAUUCGGGUAUCCAUUAGAAGACCACCUGCGGGUGACGGGGCGCACGAUAGCCUUCCCCAUAGAGCUGUGCGUGUGCACUCUACACGAGUUGGCGCUAAACGAGGAGGGGCUGUUCCGGAUAGCGGGCGGUACAUCCAAAGUAAAAAGGAUGAAGUUAUCGCUGGACGCGGGCCUGUUCAACGUGCCGCUGCCGCCCGACUACCGCGACAUGCACGUGGUGGCGUCCGUGCUCAAGUCGUACCUGCGCGAGCUGCCCGAGCCGCUGCUCACCUACCGCCUCUACGAGCACUUCCUCGCCGCCUCGCGCCAGCCGCAGGAGAACGCCCGCCUCAACACGCUCUGGGAGGCCGUCCAUCUCCUCCCCGAGGCCAACUUCCACAACCUCAGGUACCUCAUCAAGUUCCUGUCCGCCCUCACGCAGAAUCAGGCCACCAACAAAAUGACGCCCUCCAACUUGGCGAUCGUGAUCGCGCCUAAUCUGCUCUGGGGGCCGCACGAGAACAGCGCCUUCGACAUGAACGUCACCACCGCCGUCAACUGCGUCGUGGAACUCCUCAUCAAACACGCCGACUGGUUCUUCAAUGAGGAGAUCAAUUUCUUCAUCUCCUUCACUAAGGAGGAUCUCCUUCCCGAUCAGUGCGAGUACGGGUUUACGCCGGGUUUCGGUCCCAGUUUCCCGCAGACGGCGGCGCUGCAGGAGCACUCCAACGGGGAUUACAGCAGCAUGAGCCGCUCCAUGCUCGAGUACGAGCGGCGCGGCGAGCCCGGCCGCCACUCGCGCAGCAACAGCCACGACACCAGCCUCAUUUUACUCGAGAACGAUAUCAAGAAGGCCCAGUCGAACAGCUCCCUCUCCGAUCAGUCUAGUCCCCCGCUCGGCAGCCCGAAGCCCAUCAUGAGGAGAAAAAACAAGCCGCUAGCACCCGUCCCGCCCAACUUCACUCCGGACAAAAACAAAAAGCCCGAAGCGCCACCGGAGCCGUCGAAAGAGGCGGACAAGCCGGCGAAACCGCCGCGGCCCGUCAUAUCCGACAGCGGAAAAGUAAUCUCGGGCGUGCAGACCAUCAACCGGUCCACUUACCGACAGAGCAAGGCGCUGAAGGACGAGGCCCGGGGCAGCAGGGAGAACCUCUUCGAGGCGAGGCGGCAGAGCUUAGAAGUGGAGAAAGAUAAAUUCGAAAGUAUAAAAGCCCUGGAAGACAGGAGCGAUUCAACUCUAGUCGUUAAAAACGUGACCGCGCAGACGGGAGUGGUCGGCAGGAUGAAAGUGACGGAGGGCAUCAGCGGGCCGGCGUCGCUCGGCGGGCAGCCCGCGCGGCCCGCCGCCAAGCCGGCCGGCCAGCCGCCGCCCCGGCCCGUGGCCGCGCCGCGCACCAUCAUCCCCACCGUCGACGCCGACGCCGCCGACGUGCAGCUGCGCAACAAGCCCGCGGUCCCGGAGCGCCCCGCCACGCUGCGCCCGCAGAGCUUCCGCGGCGGCCGCGGCUCCAGCGACUCGGACGUGACGCCGACCGUGCUCGAGCGCACGCACAUAUACAGCGUCGACAAGCAGCAGCCGACGAUGAUCCAGGUCGGGCCGGCGGACGAGGAGGGCGGGUCGCGCGUCACCGUGCAGCGCACGCACAGCUCGGGCGGCAAGGACGCCGAGCUCGACGAGCACAAGGCGCUGACGAGCGCGACGCGGCAGAAGUCGCAGUCGGAGGGCAGCAUAACGGAGGUGCCGCUGUCGCCGCGCGCGCCGACGGCGCGGCCGCCGCGGCCGCAGGUGCCGGCGCCGCCGCCGCCGGUGGCCGCGCCCUCGCCCGCGGCCGCGCCGCUCGCCACGCACGAGAGCACGGACCUGUAGCCGCAACGCCAGCCCCGAGAUCAUCAGUAUUACGCGGCGCCGACUCGGUCCCGACGCGUGCCGGCGUCGAGAUCGACUCGCGCGCCUUUUCUAAUUGAUCACAUCUCAUGACAGAUUAGCAUUAGUAGCCGGUGCUUCCGAUUUGAGGAACCUCUCUCGACUCGAGCGCGUUGAUCCGGAGCUGUAAUUUGCCGGGCGCCCGGUGGCUUCGGCGUGCCCGAUUAUAUUUUUCUCUCUUGCGAAGUCUUCAUAUCUUGAUUAUGGCUUUAGAAAAUCGAACGAGACUGAAGAGUUUUAUACUUUUUAUUAUGCAAUCUACGUCCUAUUAAUAAUGAAUAGUACUUCUAGAGUGCAAGUUAAUUGCCUGAAUUUCAAAAGUUUUGUGUCAACAUAUUUUUAUACUGAAUUGAUAGAAAGAAAACAAAAUAAUUAUAUUUACGUGCAAAAUUCAACUUUAGUGUUGCUUGCCCUAGAAAAGUACUUCAAUCAUAAUACUGUAAGUAUUAGUCACUCUGGCAAAGUCAAUACGUCAAAAAAACUGUGAGGAUGAUUAGAUAAACAAAGUAUCGCAUUUGUUAACAUUAUUAUGGUGCAUAAAGCUGGUCGCUAAAUAGAUGCGUCGAAGUUAAAUUAAAAACUAGAAAACUAAUUCAUGGAUGUUUAUAUCCGUAGUAGCAGUUUUCUUUCCAUUAUACUAACCGUCGAUAAAUUUUGUCGCAGUCUGUGUAGGCAUAGCCAGCUUGUGAACUCGCUUAUUUCACAUCACAAGACGAUGUUUCCGAAAGAGACAUCAAAAUAUGCUGUCAUAUUUGUAUGACAGAUAAAUUAAACUGUACAAGUUACGUCAAAGCCCAUUUUUGCAUUUUGCAUAUCUUAAUCUGCCUUUUAUCUAUCAACUUAUUUAUUUUUGUACUUUAAUUAUAAGGCAUUUGUGAUUUACAUACAAGACAUAUAUUGGAACGUAAAUAUAGCUUGCACGCGUAAUUUAAGUACAUAUUGGAGUUGUAGCGUUAAAUUUAAAUUAAUUCGAGCAAUAUUCCAAAAAGACAUAUUUGACAUUGUCAAUUCAGCUUUAUAUGCUUUUAUUGACAUUAAGUAGUAAUAUUAAGCUGUUUGCAGUUUUUCCGAGUCUACGCAAUUUAACAGCUUUGAGCUCCAAAUGGACUAUCUAAGCAUUUUUACCUCUUUCUUAAAUUAAUAUCAUACAAAUUAUCAAGGCUCUUAGCAACAUUUUAUUAAAUUAAAUUUACUAGAAAAUAAUUAGUCAAUCAGUUCACACUUGUAUAUUUUGCGUAGACUUGGCAAUGUUGUAUUUAGCAUAAUUUUGUACAAUAUUGAAUGUUGCAAUUGAUCGUUGUGAUACUAGGAAGAUUAUCCACCCAAGAGGGUGCACAAACGUACACAUUUUGACGAUUAGCCAUAUUUUAUGAUAUUUAUCUUAUCAGUGCACGAGUUCUGUCGCGAACUGAAACGUAACUGCAUUAGUUAGCCCACUUCAGUUGCGAUUUUAAGGCAUCCAUGGUCUGAUUAAUAUGACCAAUAUUCAUUCACUAAAUCACUACCCACAGUUUUUAUUGUAACCGUCUUGAAAAUCGUCUACAAAAAUGCGUUAAAAUUGUACUAAAAUAUUCUCUUUAGUAAAGCUACAUUACUGCUUACGUAAAUAUAAUAGAGACACAUCUUACAGAAUGAGAGAUUAAAUAUCGUAAUUUCAUUCUAACAAAUAGCUUUGUUUCUACAUACGUACCCAAGUAAAAUUUGCAAGUCUACAGAGACCUAAGUAAAUAAAAUUGGGCUCAACAUUAAUCGUCCAUGGAUGCCUUACACGGCUUUGUUCAUACACUGUGUCAGUAAAUUUUACAUUAUUUUUUUAGAAUUAAGUAUGUUAUGUAGUAUUUACGACGUUUUAUGUGAUAUGCAUUUUAUUAUUAUACUGCAAGUAUACAAGCUUCUGUUGUAAUUAAUACUAAUAAGGAUAUGCUGAAAGAAAAAUUCAAAUAGA